AUGCCAGAGGUCAUGGCUGAGAGGCUGAAGUGUGCCAUCAUUGGGCAAAGCACUUUUGCCAGUGAGGUAUACAAACUUUUGCAGCAGGAUGGUCAUAAAAUUGUUGGUGUCUUCACAAUUCCUGACCAAGGAAAGAAGGAGGACCCCUUGGCCACAAUAGCAGCAAAGGAUGGCAUUCCAGUUUUCAAAUUGAAAGCCUGGCGUCAGAAGGGCAAAAUCAUCCCAGAGGUGUUCGAGAAGUACAAAUCUGUGUCUCCAGACCUGAAUGUCCUUCCCUUUUGUUCUCAGUACAUCCCAAUGGAGGUUAUUACAUAUCCAAAGCAUCAAACCAUCUGCUAUCAUCCAUCCAUUCUUCCUCGCCAUCGAGGGGCCAGUUCCAUCAAUUGGACACUUAUGAUGGGAGAUAAGCGAGCUGGCUUCUCUAUAUUCUGGGCUGAUGAUGGCUUAGACACUGGCCCUAUCCUUCUGCAGAAGGAAUGUGCAGUGGACCCAAAUGAGAAUGUGGAUUCCAUAUACAAGAGAUUCAUGUACCCAGAAGGUAUCAGGGCAAUGGGAGAAGCAGUGAAUCUGGUUGCAGCUGGAAAAGCACCAAAAAUUCCUCAGCCAGAAGAAGGUGGAACUUAUGAAGCUAUGCUCAAUAAGCCUGAACUCUCCAAGAUAAAUUGGGACCAGCCAGCAAGAAACUUGCACAACUUCAUUCGGGGACUUGAUAGCUCACCUGGUGCCUGGACCAUCAUUGAUGGCAAAGAG